AUGUUGUUGAUAUGGUUUUUAGUGAUCUCGUGUUCAGGUCUGUUUGGUGAUAUUUAUGGUUAUAAUGGUGAAGGUUACUUCAAUGGCACUGCAUAUGCCCUUCUGAAUAAAUACAUAAAUAUCAAAAACCAUACAAGUUUCAGCUUCAAAACCUGCCUCGGUGGAGUGCUGUUGUAUCAGAAAAAAGGAGAAGAAAGUGUUAAAAUUGAACUAGACAGCAUGAAUGGAAACUUGACAUUUUUCUGGAAAACACGCUCUACUACCUCGUGGAGAAAUAUUACAAUCGGAAGUGGUUUGAAUAAUAAUGUUUGGCAAGUUGUAAAUUUGCGUUACCAGUUGGGUGAAGUGAUAUUGACGGCCGGGAAUUAUGAAGCAGUCAUAGCUGAAGAAGAUGGGUUAAACAGUGAUUUGAUAAUGUUAGAUCUGACAAAUGGAGGACCAUUGAUCAUUGGUGCUGAAUCAGUUAUUAGUGUUAAUAAAUUUAUUGGUUGUAUUAGAGAAGGACCAACUGUUCUACUGACUAGUUCACUUCUACAUUAUAACGUCUUAUGGGGACAGUGUCCCCUAAACAGUCAGGCAACAUGUGGUCCGCUUUGUCAACACCCAAAUCAUCAUCUGGAUUGUCAAAAUGGAGGAUUUUGUACAGAAGAUGACAUCCACAAUGCUACAUUGUGUCUAUGUCCUACAGGCUAUGGUGGAACUCUGUGUGAAAUAUCUGAAGUAAACUACUGUGCUACCAGACCAUGUCUAAAUGAUGGAAUAUGUUAUAAUAAUACAUAUCAUGAUGGUUACGUGUGUAUUUGUCAAGCAGGAUUUGCAGGUGGGCAAUGUGAAAUUGACAUUUAUGAAUGUUACAGCGACCCAUGUCAGAAUGGAGGAGUUUGUCUGGAUGGUGUGUUCUCUUAUACCUGUGAUUGUACAGACACUGGGUAUGAGGGAGAGCACUGUGAAGUAGACAUCGAUGAAUGCCUGCAUGACCAGCCGUGUCAGAACGGAGGCCUAUGCUUCAACAGAUAUGGUGCUUACACAUGUUCCUGUAUGCCUGGAUUCGGUGGAGAGAAUUGCGUACAGAACCUAAACGAAUGUGAUUCAGUACCCUGUCAGAAUGGUGGUACAUGCUUUCAAUCGCAGGAUUUCUAUCACUGUGCAUGCUUAGCAGGAUUUGAAGGUAUAAACUGCCAGAUAAACACUGAUGAUUGUACGACUGAUUCAUGUCAGCCACCAUUUGAGUGUGUUGAUGGUACCAAUGGAUUUACAUGUGAAUGCCCUAGUGGUCAGCAAGCUUAUGAUGGAGGAUGCAUUGAUAUUGACGAGUGUGCUCCUACACCAUGUCUGAAUGGUGCUACAUGUAUCAAUUUAAAUGACGGAUUUCAAUGUGACUGUGUUGACGGAUAUGAAGGGGCUACAUGUGAACAAGAAGUGAAUGAGUGCGCAUCUCAUCCGUGUUUAUUUGGUGAAUGUAUCGAUGAUUUCAACAGUUACAGUUGUCAGUGUCAUGAUGGUUACGCCGGCACACAGUGUCAGACUGAUAUUGAUGAGUGCACACCCAAUCCGUGCAGUAACAAUGCUACGUGUAACGAUCAAGUAAAUGGUUUUCACUGUACUUGUCAGCCUGGCUACACGGGACAAACAUGUCUGUCUGAUGUCAAUGAAUGUGAAUCGUCACCUUGCCAGAAUAACGCUGACUGUGUUGAUCACGUUAAUCAUUACACCUGUACUUGCCAGGCAGGAUACGAAGGUGUAAACUGUGAAAUAAACACUGAUGAGUGUGCAAGCAACCCAUGUGCAAACGAGGCUGUCUGUGUCGAUAGAACAUAUGACUAUACAUGUACUUGCACAGCACAGUGGAUGGGCAAAAACUGUGAUAUUCCGUAUGAUGCCUGCCUCGACCUAACUCCUUGUCAGAAUGGUGGGACUUGUCAGAGCAAUCCGCCUGAGUUAACUUAUGUGUGUACAUGCCCUUCAGGUAUUGAAGGUACCAAUUGCCAAACCAAUAUCGAUGACUGUUUGAAUGUAGAUUGUCCUAAUACUGGUGAGGUUUGUGUAGAUCUGGUUGAUAGUUAUUCCUGCCAGUGUCCUGAAGGGUACACUGGAGAUGGGUGUACUAUUGAUAUCAACGAGUGCUCUAGCUCUCCAUGCUUGAAUGGUACAUGUAUUGAUCAUGUUGCAUCUUAUUCCUGUAACUGCUUUCCUGGAUCCAGCGGCGUAAACUGCGAUAUUGAAACGGAUGAAUGUGCCAGCAAUCCAUGUAAAAACCGAGCUUUGUGCACGGAUUUGUUCAAUGGCUACCAGUGUUACUGUCUGCCAGGUUUUCAAGGGGAUAACUGCGAUAAUGACAUUAACGAAUGCUUGUCCGAUCCUUGUCAAAAUGGCGGGUUGUGCAUACAUGAUGUUGGAAAAUACAGUUGUGACUGUGCACCUGGUUAUAGCGGCGUACAUUGUGAAAUUGACAUCAAUGAGUGCUUGUCUGAUCCCUGCCGAAAUGGUGCUACUUGUUUGGAUCAGAUUAACAUGUACAAAUGUACUUGUGUUGCGGGAUAUACCGGGGUAGACUGUGAGAUGGAAAUUGAUGAGUGUGACAGUUCUCCAUGCUUGAAUGAUGGUGUUUGUUUGAACUACAUCAACAGGUUUGACUGUGACUGCACAGAUACAGGCUUUGAUGGUGUUUUCUGUGAUCAUAAUAUUGAUGAUUGUGUUAACGUUUUCUGUCAAAAUGGCGGUACCUGCCAUGAUGAGGUCAAAGGUUAUAAUUGUGCUUGUUUUGAAGGCUAUGCAGGACAGGAUUGUGACAUUGACAUUGAUGAAUGUGAAAGUGGUCCUUGCCUGAAUGGUGGUCAGUGCCUUCAGCGAUCGAACAGAACUCUUUAUGACACCGGAUAUUUCGAUGAUGCGUUUAGUUACGACACAGCGAGUGGCUUUGUAUGCGUGUGUGAGUCCGGUUUUGAAGGAACUUUUUGCCAGGUUGAUAUCGAUGAGUGCGACUCGGGACCGUGUGUGAACAGUGGGACUUGUGAGGAUUUUGUCAAUGGAUACGUUUGCCAUUGCACUGCUGGAUGGGAAGGACCCAUUUGUGCCCAUGAAAUCGAUGAAUGUCAAUCCAAUCCCUGUCAGCAUGGCACAUGUACUGAUAAUUUCAAUAUGUACGAGUGUGUUUGUGAUGCUGGAUACGCCGGAAGGAAUUGUGACAUAGCGUUGAUUGGUUGUGAUAAUGGUCCACAAUGCCAGAAUGGCGCAACAUGUGUCCCGUACUUGCAGAAUGAAGACCCAAACGUGCAUAAUUAUACAUGUGACUGUCAGCCAGGCUUUUCAGGUUUUUACUGUACUGAGCCAACAGAUGCCACUUUUGAUGGAACUGGGAAUAUGACAGACACCAUGACAAACAACCAACUUGUUAUCUUCUUGCGUCUUACAUUUCGUACAACAGUUCCAUCAGGUGUGCUGCUGUACAAUGGAGACAGUACUUUUUUUUCGUUGGAGUUGUACAAAGGUCAACUGUACCUUAGAUUUGGAUCAUCUGAUUCAUCAAUUGAGUAUCGAGAAACACCAGCUCUUGGCAGUGACCUUAAUGAUGGCAAUUGGCACACCACUGAGAUAAUUAUAUCCGAAUACACUAUGCGUAUCUUUGAAAACUUUAACAGCCAGCAGGUUGCCAUUCCACCUAACCGGGAUGUAUUUCAAUGGACAUAUAUAGGAGCUGUUGAUGACUUGGAUCAUUUGCAACGCAGUAAAUCGGGACAAAAUUUUGUUGGAUGCAUGCGCGACAUAUGGAAUGAGGAAACCAAACAAUUUCUCCUGCCGCAGGAACAACCGGAUACAGUCAUCAGUGGAUGUAAUCGUGUUGCACAAUGUGAUCCAGAUCCUUGUUCCGGGUCCGGUGACUGUAUAGAUGAAUGGCUUCACUACACCUGUGUAUGCCAUUUUGGCAAGACUGGUAAAAACUGCAAUUAUAAUGUGACUGCAGCAACACUAAGUUACGAAGACACAACGAGCUACAUGCAUUUUACUAUUGACCCAGCUUCCCAGGGUGACCAGCAUCUAGUGCAGUUAGGUUUUCGUACGACUAAACCAGAUGGUCUGAUUUAUUUCAUGCCCAGUACUGAUCAGAGUCAGUAUGUUGUGGUACAGUUAGCGGAUGGAGAACUAAAAGCUCUGGUUAAAAGUGGUACCAUCAGCAAUACAGUCACUGUGUUAGGUCAGUUUGACGACGGCAUGUGGCAUUCGGUAGAACUCGCCUGGCGAGAAGAGGCUGUGAAUUCUAUUCUGACUGUUCAAGUUGAUGAGCUGCUCCAAGAACAGACGUCUGUUGUUGGCAAUGCUGCUGUCAAUUUCUCUGAUAUCUACAUAGGGGGCGUUGCCGAUUUCAGUUCUAUCUCGUCAGUACCGUCAGUAAGCAAGGAGUAUUUCAAAGGCAGUGUAAUAGAUGUACGACAUAAUGGUUACUAUUUGGAUGCAUUCCCAUUGUCUGUCGACGAUUUACCACCUUCAUAUGAACUGAGUGACGAUCGCAGCCUCAUUGAGGGCAGCGUCAGUGACAACAUGUGCGAUGAAGACAAUCAGUGCCAACACAAUGGUACAUGCGAAACCACUUGGAAUGAUUAUAUAUGUACAUGUACAUAUGGUUUCCGGGGAAAAAAUUGUGACUUACUUGCUUUCUGUAGCUACAGAACUUGUCCAUAUGAUGCAGCCUGUGUCGACCGAGAUGAUGGCUUUGACUGUGUGACCAGUGCUACGUUUGAUGGAAUGAACGCUAUGGUUCGUUAUACAAAUAGUAUAAGUGAAUCAGCAGUCAUAGACGACAUCAAGAUUAAACUAAGAACUCGGAGAAAUAUAGGAUUAAUUUUGCAUGCCAGUAAAGAUCAGAGUAAUGAAUAUGUUACUAUCGAGAUGUCUAACAAUGAUUUGGUGUUUAAAUUUAACUUGGGAUCUGUAACAGGUGAUCUAAGACAUUCCCUAGAUGCCGUCAUUGACGGAAACUGGCACGUAGUUAAAGUCAGCAUUUCGAAUGAUGGUGCUUGUCUUAUUAUCGAUGACAAUAUCAACGAUCGUUCUUGUUCUUUGCGAAACAUAGCACAGUCGUUUUCAAGUCUGUUCACUGAUGCUUCUAGCUCAGUGUAUCUAGCUUCUAGUGAUUUUAUUGUCGUACAAGGCUUCAAAGGUUGUUUAGAAGAAGUGCGAAUUGGGGGCUAUUUGCUGCCAUUCUUAGAUCGUGAGACGCUGAACAGCACCAGCCUAGAACAGUUUUAUGCGACACUGACAGACGUAGCAAUUGGUUGUCAUGGUGACCCAGUGUGCACAUCAUCACCAUGCCAAAAUGGUGGAUCGUGCGAGGACAUAUGGAAUGCAUAUGAUUGUGAUUGCGAUCUGGGUUAUGAUGGAAUACAUUGUGAGAAUGAUAUUGAUGAGUGUGCCUCUACGCCGUGCUGGGGUCCAUCAACAUGUGUUGACGCAGUCAAUGGAUACACUUGUGUAUGUGCUCCGGGAUACACUGGAAUACUGUGUGACAUGGACAUCAAUGAGUGCGACUCGGAUCCAUGCCAGAACAACGGUACUUGUGAAAACCUGGAAAACCACUUUGUUUGUAACUGUAAUGAAAACUAUACUGGAAAUCACUGUGAAUACCUAAUUCCUAAAUUUACGAAUUGUGAUGAAGAGCCUUGCCAGCAUGAUGCAGAUUGUGUUUAUGUGACAGCUGCUGAUCCCAGUCAGCCAUCAUUUGAAUGUCGCUGUAAGCCUGGAUAUGAGGGAGUCUACUGUCAAGACGAAAUUGAUUAUUGUGCCAAUAGUAUGUGUAAAAAUGGUGCAACAUGCGCCUCGUACACCAAUAUCCAGACGUUUGAAUGUCAGUGCGUACUUGGUUACACAGGCCGCUUAUGUGAAACCAACAUCAAUGAAUGCGCAGGGGUGUAUUGUCAAAAUGGUGCUACAUGCAGGGAUGAAAUUAAUGAUUUUACUUGUGUGUGUCGCAAUGGAUAUACUGGUCUAUAUUGUCAAACUGAUAUUAACGAGUGUGAAAAUAAUGAAUGUGUGAAUGGCGCCACCUGUGUUGAUAAAAUUGGUGAAUACGAAUGUGAAUGCCCGGUGUAUUAUACCGGUGACCAAUGUGAAGUGGUUGGAUCCUGUGUUAACGUGAAAUGUGAGAAUGGAGGGACAUGCUUUCAGUGGCCAGAGGAAAACCCUACAAACUAUACCUGCCUGUGUCCAACUGGAUAUACAGGUGUCCAUUGUGAAAGUGAGAUAGAUUGGUGCGAGGAAGCGGGUGGGGACCCCUGUCUCCAUGGUAACUGUACCUAUGACCUAGAAGGCUAUAUCUGUCAAUGUGACCCAGGUUAUGCUGGAGAAAAUUGUACAGUUAAAUUACCUGACUGCGCCAGUAAUCUGUGUCAGAAUGGUGCCAACUGCACUGAUCUCGAUUAUGGGUAUAUUUGUCACUGUCCGUCAGGGUAUAAUGGCACAAACUGUGAAAAUGAUAUUGAUGAAUGUCUCUCUGAACCAUGUCUGAAUUCUGGUGUCUGUGUCAACACUCCAGGAGACUAUUCCUGUAAUUGUAAUAACACAGGUUAUCAGGGUGAUCACUGUGAAACGGAUGUAGAUGAGUGUGAAGGUAAUUUAAGUAUCUGUAACAACGGUGCCUGUGUAAACACCAUAGGUGGAUUUGAAUGUGAAUGUCAGUAUGGCUGGAUAGGACUUCAGUGUGAGCAUAGAGACCCAUGUAAUACUACUAUAGAGUGUCAAAAUGAUGGACAGUGUGAAUCAUCGAUCAACACAACAACAAACGAACCCAUCGCCAAAUGUAACUGCCUUGAAGAUUAUAUGGGUGACUUUUGUGAGGUUAUAGCAGCUCCAGUCAGCGAUGACCCUGACCUUGUAAUCAUCAUUGGUGCAGCCUUGGGUGGCUUGGUGUUCAUUAUGCUGAUUAUUCUUCUUGUCUUCCUCUUCUCUGUGAGAAGUAAGCGAGCAACUAGAGGCACGUAUAGUCCCAGUCGACAAGAGAUGACAGGUUCGCGUGUGGAAAUGGGUAAUGUAUUGAAACCACCACCUGAAGAAAGACUUAUAUGAAGAGAAUAUAUUAGUAGACAACAAAUUUGACAUUUGACAAUCUCUGCAAUGCACUUGAUAUCUUGAUCCAAUAUGGCUUCCUCUCUACUGUCAAGCGUUUCAGAUAAGUUUCAGCCAAUUUCUCACUAGUGAAAGUGUGAAGCCAGUGUUUAUGCUGUACAAUAUUGUGCUGCUUAUAACUUAUACAUAAUGU